AGUGGCGAAGUCGCUAGCAUGGGAAAAGUUUUGACGGUUGCGUAUAAAGGACGGCUCCUGUCCAAUGGAAAACAAUUUGAUGAAGGCAAGGGAUUUUCGUUUCGACUUGGUGAAGGAAGAGUCAUACCUGGAUGGGAGAAGGGCCUUGAGGGCAUGAAAGUUGGCGGGCAACGUGUUUUGCGCAUUCCCCCAAGUUUGGCGUAUGCCGAUCGAGGUGCCAGGGAUGUUAUCCCGCCUGGUGCUCACUUGGAGUUUGACUGCGAACUG